CCGCCGCCCCCGCGCGCAGCCAUUGCGGGCAGGCGCGGAGCUGCCAGUCGGCCCCCGUGCGCUGUCCGGCCCGGUCCGGCCCGGGCCUCGGGGACAUGGUGCGGGAAUGGCCCGCGCCGCCGACACCUUCCUGCUGCACCGCCUCGUGUGGCACAACCGGCACCAGGCGCUGGACAGUGCGCUGCGCUCCGGCACGGUGCGCGCCGGGUGCGGGGGGGGUGCGGGCACGGCACCGGGCACGGCACGGCGGGGGAUGCGGGCAGCAGCGGUGCAGGGACCGGGAGGAACCGGGGGCGCCGGCAGGACGGAUAGUACUGGGGAGCACGACGUGGAGUUGACGGACCCCCGUGGGCGGACCCCGCUGGAGCUGGCCGUGUCCCUGGGCCACCUGGAGUCGGUGCGGGUGCUGCUGCGGCACAAUGCCAAUGUGGGCCGGGAGAACGCCAAUGGCUGGACAGUGCUGCAGGAGGCAGUGAGCACGGGGGACCCCGAGAUUGUGCAGCUGGUGCUCCAGUACCGUGACUACCAGCGGGCAACGCGGCGGCUUGCUGGCAUCCCCGAGCUGCUCAGCAAGCUGCGCCGGGCCUCAGACUUCUACGUGGAGAUGAAGUGGGAAUUUACCAGCUGGGUGCCCCUGGUGUCCAAGGUGUGCCCCAGUGACGUGUACCGCGUCUGGAAGCGGGGUGAGAGCCUGCGGGUCGACACCACACUGCUGGGCUUUGAGCACAUGACGUGGCAGCGGGGCCGCCGCAGCUACAUCUUCAAGGGAGAAGAGGAGGGAGCGGUGGUGAUGGAGGUGGACCACGACAAGCAGGUGGUGUACACUGAGACGCUGGCACUGGCCCUGCACGAACCCGACCUGCUGCUGGCAGCCAUGCAGCCCUCAGAGGAGCAUGUGGCUGGGCGGCUGACGUCGCCCAUCGUCUCCACGCACCUGGACACCAGGAACAUUGCGUUUGAGCGGAACAAAUCAGGGAUCUGGGGAUGGCGCUCGGAGAAGAUGGAGGUGGUCAGCGGCUAUGAAGCCAAGGUGUACAGUGCCAGCAAUGUGGAGCUGGUCACCAAGACGAGGACGGAGCACCUCUCAGACCAGGACAAGUCCCGCACUAAAGGUAUCACUGCGCUGCCCGCCCGGGGCAGGUACCAGGCUGGCACUGUUGCCCCGUGCCCACCCACACCGGGUCUUUCUUUCCCCACAGGCUCCCGCACCCCGUUCCACUCCUUCCUGGGCCUGGCACAGCAGCACGGCACCCACAAUGGGGCACCCGCACCCCCAGCCGCCAGCCCCACCAAUCCCACAGCCAUCACCCUCGAGGAGUACUUCGACCCUCACUUCGACCUGGAGGCACGCAACAUCGGGCGCCCCAUCGAGGUGUCCAGCAAGGUGCAGAGGUUCAAGGCGACGCUGUGGCUCUGCGAGCAGCACCCCCUGUCGCUGGCCGAGCAGGUGACGCCCAUCAUCGACCUGAUGGCCAUCUCCAACGCGCACUUUGCCAAGCUGCGUGACUUCAUCACCCUCAAGCUGCCCCCCGGCUUCCCUGUCAAGAUUGAGAUCCCCCUGUUCCAUGUCCUCAACGCCCGCAUCACCUUCAGCAACCUCUGUGGCUGUGACCAACCGUUAGGCUCCGUACGGGUCUGCAACCCCACUCAGCCCCCCGGUGCCAGGGCAGCCGGGCCUGGAGGAUGGCCGUUCCCGUGCGAGGUGGAGCCGGCGGUGUUCGAGGUGCCGCCGGGAUACACGGUGCUGGGCGCGGGGCGCAGCGAGCCGCUGCGGGACGAAGACGACGACCUCCUGCAGUUCGCCAUCCAGCAGAGCCUGCUGGACGCCGGCACCGAAACCGAGCAGGUGACCGUGUGGGAGGCGCUGACCAACGCCCGGCCGGGGCCGCGCCCGCCGCCGCCCUACGACGAGGAGCUGCAGCUGGAGCGGGCGCUGCAGGAGAGCCUGCUGCUGCAAGCGGGGCCCGGCCCGGCGGACGGCGGGACCGCCCCUGCCGAGCCCGGCUACGGCGGCUUCGCGGAGCAGCUGCGCUUGGCCAUGGCGCUGUCGGAACGCGAGCAGGAGGAGCGCGAGCGGCGGCGGCGGGAGGAGGACGAGGAGCUGCAGCGCAUCCUGCGCCUGUCGCUCACCGACAAGUAGCGGCCCGGAACGGGGCAGCGGCGCCCGGCGCUCCCGGAGCCGAGCCGCCCCCCGUCCGCCCGCCCCGCUCCGUCGGAGGCCCCGAG